CCUGCAGUAAGAGGAUUGGAUCAUAGUACGGCACACUUCCAUCUCUUCGAUAAUGAUACAGCUCGGACCUGCGACCCAUAGUCAGGAGUCAAUGCCAACCACUUUCGGAGUCAGCCGCGACGACAAUUUCGGGAUGACGUCAGUGCCUGGGACGCCGCUCACGAUGCCCGAUACCUUUCCUUCUUUGGAAGGAACGCCUUGCCCGCCUUUUCCUACUUUGGUGCCCCCGUCGCCUCCCAUCCUUUUGGAUCCUUGUCAAUUCGAACGCUGUAAGAUCGAACCCGAAUAUUAUUGGCCUUCUGUAACCUUCGUGACGGAAGGACACUUGGUUCGACUCCCCGUGGAAUUAUUUACUCAACAUUCCGACGUCUUCGCCGAGGAGUAUGGUCUUCCACGACCGACGUCAGACCACAGUAGCCUCGACACAGGUGAUCCACGUAUUGAGCUCGACGGGAUCGCAUGGGAUGAUUUCAAGAACUUCUUGAAGGCUGUCGUACCAAGGUCCCCGUUCUUGGAGGCCAAGCCUACUCUUACCGAGUCGGAGUGGAUCUCCGUCCUGAAACUCUCCACCCGCUGGCUAUUCAAUGACCUUCGAAAGAUAGCAAUCGACGAGCUCUCCAAAGUUCGAAUGGAUCCAGUUCAACGCGUCUGCCUAGCCAAGGCCUAUGACGUCUACGAUUGGCUGGUCUCUGGGUACGAGGAGCUGGUCGAGAGGCACGACCCUAUCACCGAGGAAGAGGGACAGGAGGUCGGAAUGGGCGUCGCGUUGAGGCUAUGUGGGAUUGCUCUUCGAAGGCUUCGGGGAAGUGGGGUAGUACCCGCCACCAGUGGUCACAGGGUUGAUGUCGUGAACGGAUUUGUAGAAGAGCUGGAGAGCAUCAGAGGCGUUCAAGGACGGUACUUGACAAAGCAGGAGCGACUCGAGAAAGAGGAAGCAGAGCGAGCGGCGAGACAAGAGGAGGAAGCUAAGAGAGCUGAAGAGGAGGAACUAAAGCGAGAAGUGGAGGAACGUAUGGCACGGGAGGCGGCACUUGAAGCUGAGAGACGAAAAGAAGUUGAAGAGGCUCAGCGGAAGGCGGAGGAAGAGGAAGCAGCGAAACGAGAAGCAGAGCGCGUUGAACGCAUCCGUGAGGAAAGGCUCCGCUUACAGCGCCUGGAAGAGGAAGAAAGGAGAGUGAGGGAAGAGUUGAGUACGUUGGAGCGGCUGGACAAGGGGAAACGGAGGAGCGUGGAUCUCGGGGAUUGGUCGGGUUUUGGUGGGACCGGAACCUUGGCGACAGCAGGUCACCCUACUGUGGUUGUUCGUUCGGUCGGUGAUGAGAAUCUCGACCACAAUCCGAUUUCAGUGGUGGACGGUGUAGGCCCAACAGCUUCUAACGUUUUCAUCCAGGAUGAAAUUCCUGUGGACAUCCUUGCCUGCCAUCCGUCUACCGACGUUCAACCGGCAGCGGAUGACAGGGAGAACAAAGAUGAGUUGGCUCCCGCUUUCGAAGUUAAGAAGGGUAAGAAGACCUAUUUGGGGAGCUCCGAGGAUGGUGAAAUGACCGAUGGAAAGAAGAAGAAGAAAAAGAGGAGGUCGCAGCGACGAGGAUAUACUAUAGGAGUGUUAUGUGUUAUUUAGGAAUAAUAAGUGUUAU